CACAGCGAGAGGAGCGGGACACAUCCAAACGUACCAGGACUAUGGACCUGAGCCUGCGAGACGCUCUGGGCGGGGGUGGAGGUGGGGUCCCAGGUGGGGCUCCUGCUGAGGCCCUGCUGAAGAGAGACUUUAUGGCCUCCUUGGAGAAAGAGAGCUAUGAUGACAAAGUGGGAGAGAAAGUCUCCAAGAGUGACUACCGACCCUUACUGGAUGGAAAGGACACCAAGAGCGGUCCAGGGAUGAUGUCAUCAAUGAUGUCUUCAGGUGGAUACCAGGACACACCUGGACAGCCCACAUUCACCUCUGAGAGCCUGUCUGGCUUCUCUCAGUCUGGGAUGGGAGGGACCAUGGGGUCCAGCCUGCCACCGUUCCAAACCACUAUGAGCUCCACUUUCGGCCAGUCUGGGAUUGGUUCAGCCAUGGACACCCAGAAGAGUUCAGGCCUGUUUGGUGUGGAAAACAAAACCAUGAGUAAUACCAGUGGAAGUAGCCCAUUUAAGACCAGUGAUCCAUUUUCUUCUGGUGGACCAGGAAUCCACUCUCUGGAUCAUUCUACAGCUCCUGUCCUCUCUCCCAGCGGCUCAGUAGAUGACGUCAGUACCACAUCCUCCGCCUCCGAAGAGAGCCCCGAGAGAGCAGGGCCGGGGGGCGAGGCUGGCAAGCAACAGCAGAGACGCCGCAAGAAGAGGAGGAAGGGCCACGACGAGGUCUACGAUUUCUUGGAUAGCAAGGAAAAUAACAUCAGCCAAUCAGACAAGCAUGGCAUGCAGGAUAAGGGUGGACAGGAAGCACAGGAUAAUGAAGAUGAGGAGGAGAACUGGGAGUGGGAGAUCAGAGAGAGUGGAGGAGGGGGUAGAGUAAAAGGCAAGAAGACUAAGAGUCGGGCAAGACUUCCAGAGGAAUGGGGAGCACCCCAGCUGCCUGUUUCUCCCACACCGGCUACAGUUGCUCCUGCCUGGUCUACAGCUGCUGACUCUGGUCCACCUGACUUCAAAGCUCCAAACUCCAACCCCAGCCCUGUUUUGCCCUCUGUCUCUGCACAAAUACCCACAAGUUUCACCAACCAUUCCUAUGGUAGCCUUGUAACAGAUUCAUCUCCACGCUCCUAUGAGCCCAUGUGUGUAGAUGAUUUCCCUAUGUCUGCUAAAGACAGGCAAAAGGCAAACGAAGACAAAGUUUCAACCAGCAAACCUGAAGCUAAUGUUAGCAUACCGACUACUGAAACAACCACCAAAAGUAGUUUAGCUGGGGAUGUUAGUGGUAGUCUAGCGUUAAUGACAGGGGACAAUCUGAGCCCAGUUUCCCAGACCUUCUCUUUCCUUGAUUCAGUCCUCCAGACCCCUCAGGGCUCCACCCCUGACUCACAGACCACCACCCCUAUCACCAACACCCCCUCCCUUGCUACUGCUCCCUUGAUGAAGUCCACCCCAAAUGAAACCACCAUCCCUGAUUCACAAGCCUUCUCUGUUUCCAAGAGCACUCCAGCCCUUAGUCCUACUUCCACUUCGUCCACCAUCCCAGCGGCAGUCGGAUCAGCCCUCAGUGUGGACGCCAAGCCUUUUGUCCCCUCUGCCACCUCAGCCACGCCCCUUAGUUCAGUUUCUCCCUGUAAGAAUGAAGCCCCUCCUACAUCAUCAUCAGACACUCCCCCCACAAGUGUAGCCACACCCCUUAGUUCUGCCACACACCCUCCAUCCAUCACCCCCGCAGCCCCUCCUUCUCUCCCUGCACACUCAGAGCACCAGGAGUCCUCAUCGCCACAGCUCCCCCAACUGGAAGUGAAAUCUGACAACAAGGACAAGCAGGAGAAGACAGAUAUAUCCAGUAAGACCGAGAAGCUUGACGCCUUUGACAAGAAGGAGAAAGAGGAGCAGCAGAAGAAAGACAAUGGGUCAGAUAAGAACCAGAAGUCUGAGAAGAUUCUCAAAGACGAAGAAAAGGUGGAGAAGAUGAACGCGGAGAAAAACAACAAGGCUAACGAGAAGGCAGAAAAGGUGGACAAGCCGGAGAAGACCAACAAAGAUGAGAAGAAGGAGGAGGAGAAGAAGAUCGCUGAGAAGAAGGAAGAGAAGGGAGGGAAAGGCACAGCCAAGUCUUCAACAGGCAAUGGCAGCAAGACUCUGCCAAGUCCUGACAGCAAGAGCAAGCCUGACAUGGGUGCAACCAAACCAAACUCCACCAAACCCCGUCCAUCCACCCUCUCCACCAACUGUGAGGCCACCUCGGCCAAACACCCCUCCCCCACCACAGCCUCAGCCAAUAAAAAAAGCCCUCUACCUAAGGAGACCACACCCAAUGCUGCCAAGCGGCCACCAAUGGCAACUGGCUCUGCCAAGACUCCAGAAAACGGUACAGCUGAGAAACGUCCACCUGUUCCAAAGGCCACACCCACACCACGUGCAGCUGCCAGUAAGAACGGCUCCUCUGCAACUGCUGCAAGCAAACCUGCUGUUAGCAAGAAUGACAAGGCUGAGAGCAAGCCAGGAGAAGCCAAGAAACCCAAGACUACAGGUCGUCCUCGCCCGGCCUCCACCACUCCUGCUACUCCAGCUGCCUCCACUAACGGUGAAACCAACACCGCUCACCGCCGCCGUGUGAUCACCAAGCCCCCUGUGCCCAAGCAGGUCCCACUGGAGAAGAAGCCGGCAGUGCCCCGCGCUCAUCGGACCCCCCGGCCUAUCAACGCCCCGACACCGGACCUGAAGAACGUCCGCUCCAAGAUCGGAUCCACUGACAACAUCAAGUACCAGCCCGGUGGAGGAAAGGUCUCCUCCACCCCGAACAACAAGACAUCUGACCCCUGCGCCCCUGCCGCCAAGGCCAGAGUUCAGAUAGUGCACAAAAAGUUGGACUUCAGCCAUGUCACGUCUCGCUGUGGCUCGAAGGACAAUAUCAAACAUGUCCCUGGAGGUGGCAAUGUGCAGAUCCUGAGUAAGAAGGUUGAUGUGAGCAAGGUGACGUCCAAAUGCGGCUCCAAGGACAACAUCAAACACAAGCCAGGUGGUGGUGAUGUGAAGAUUGAGUCCCAUAAGCUAAACAUUAAGGCUAAGUCUAAGAUUGGAUCCCUGGACAACGUGGGGCCAGGCAACGCACAGACCAACGGACACAAGGAGGAGAAAGCAGAGGAGAAGACAUCUUCACCCCCAAGUGGCGCUCCAACAACAGGACCAGCAGGCGUUGCUAAGGCAACAGCACCAGGUGGUGUUGCUAAGGAGAAUGGGGUGAAGGAGCCCACACCUACUCCUUUUGGGGGAGAUGGACUGAGGGAGCCCCUUAGCAUCGACAAGCGCAUCACUGAGACAAAUUUUGGUGGGACAUGCAUGGCGCUCGCCGACCUGCCAAUCAACAGACCAACCACAGCGCAGUCACUUCCUUUUGGCCCCGCCCUUCAUCUCGCCCACCGCAGCACCAAACUGAACGAUCGCCUCUCAGUGUUCCUCUGGGGUCUGCUUGCCAGCUUCCUGCUCCCAACCCUGACCUUUGACCUCUCAACAUCCUUGGGUUGA